UUCAUUGGCCCUUCACCUUCCUCCAAGGCACCCCGCCACUUCCAGCAUAAGCAGCUGUCAAUCACUCGUUCUUCUAUCCUGGGAACCAAGAAAAACGCAGAAUCGUCUAGAAUCCACUCCGCUCGCCUGGAAUCACAGUUUCCAGCCAAAGCUAAAGAAAGGCUGAAGGAGCUGCAGGGAGUGAAGGCCACAAAAUGGCGUCUCAGAUCCCAGCGCUCCCCCAGUCCUUCGCCCCCGGGACUGACAGCGUCUUCUCUGACCAGUCCGGCUUCCACUCCCUGGACUCUCAUGUGCCGGGGCUCUCCAGGGUGAUUCUCAACAAGCUCAACAUGAAGGACUAUGGAGAGUACAGGGCUGCCGUGGAGGGAAACACUAAAGUCUCAUUCCGCAACUACAAGGAGAUGUUCCAGAAGAUGGAGGAGACCUUUAAAUUCUGCACCGGCUGCAACAAGCUGCCCGAGCAUCUCACCGAGGGAGAGACCCUCAAACGUUGUGUGAAGUGCUUGAAUGUGUACUAUUGCACCAAGGACUGUCAGAGAAAAGACUGGCUUCAGCAUAAAAAGGUCUGUAAGACGCUGCGCCUGGUUGCCAUUGACAGACUGGUGGAGUGGCUGAUGUUCACUGGAGACCUCCCAUUCCCCACUGAGAAGUGGUCCAAGUCAGCCGCUGAGGUGACGAACUGGGACGACUGGCUGCCCAUGCAGGGCGACCUCACGCCACGCCUGGAUGCCAUUUUGUCUGGUGGCGACAUGGCAGCCCUUUGGAAAAACGCCAACAGGACGCAGCCCGAUGCAGCUGACCUGCGCCAGUCUUUGUGGCGGCUUCAGAGCGAGUUCCUCUCCCGAGUUCUCACCGUCGGGAUGGCGAUUCAACACUUUGGCCUGGAUCCGUACGCCAGACCCCUCACCGUUCACGUAGCAGGGGCGUCCCACAACGAGACCAUGCGGGCCACGGCGACUGACUACGAUGAGCUGAACCACAUGUUCCCCGGACACCAGGGCAUAGAGAUCGUCAUGGUGGGACCAGAGGUGGUGGACGGCCCCAUCAUGAGGCCCCCUCUCACUGCAUUUGGCCCCAGGGAGAGGGUGUUCAUCAGCGCCUACAAGGGGCUUUACCAUCAAUUCUGGGAGGAGCUGGUGGAGAAAGAGGAAGCGGCCAAGCCGGACCUGGUGGUUGGAUUUCAUCCUGGGUUCCAUGCAAACCCGGGUCUGCUGCAGGGCUGGCUGCCCACUCUGCUGCUGCUCCGAGACUACAACACCCCGUCCUUCUUCACCAUGUACAACGAGAUGGAGCUCAAGCACUCACUGCAGAUCCUGCUGGAGCUAGAGAUGCACAUCAGGGACAGCGGGCCCAAUCCAUUCGUCUCACAGAAACCCGAGCAGGUCCAGGCCUGCCCCAACUUAACCCCGGUCAACUGCAACUCCCACUACAUCCGCUUCCAGGGACUGCUGCCGCGAGAAGACUUUGAGGAGCCAAGUCCUGACAACUAAAAGGCCGCCACGCAGAGAGAAAUCCAGGCAUGUGUGGGUUCUCGCGGGUCCUCCUGCACGAAGAUGUGGAUUUUGGGAACUUUUCGUGGAACGCCGAGAGGCUUCCUGCGGCCCUGCCGCCAGAGAUGGACAUUACUCAGCUGUGCUGCCACUUGGCAGCAGAUGUUCAGAGGAUGAAGCUUUUCGUUCUCAUUCGGGGGCAGAGAGCAUUUUUCAUAGUGAACAAAUGUGGCUGCAAUAAUGCAAAAUCUAAACUUUGACCCUUACAUUCUAAUAGUAUUAAGAAAACGAGACCAAAAUUUCUUCAGUCCUCAUUUGAUGUGAGUCUGUAAUUUGCUUUGCAGCUGGACUUAUUCCUAAAUAUCACAAGAGCUGCAUGAAAUCAGAUCACUGAUGCAACACAUGAUUGAAAAAUUACACGUGGUGUGUGUCACACGAGGCCCGAAUUUAUCAAAACCAUUGUUCAUUUUUUCUUUCUUUACAUUUGUGAUUGUGUCACUCCCCUGUAGCUUCUACUGGACUCUGUAUGUUUGCUUUGUGCGGUUUAUAUUGGAUGUUCUGUUCGUGAACAUUAAUUUAACCUUCCUUCAAACUAUUCUGAACACUUCCUUACUUCUUUGAUGGCCAAUAUAACAUUUCUUCAUUUGCUUAGUGGAGACUCUCCAUUGCCAAUUAUACCUUUAAUAAAAAGGGACAAAAGGUGAA